AUGGCAGUCGACACUCUCUCGCUGGCAGGCAAGACCGCCCUGGUCACCGGCUCAAGCAAGGAAAACGGCAUCGGCGCCGCCAUCGCCAGAGCCUUUGCCCGCAACGGCGCAUCGGUCGCGAUCCACCACGUCUCAGAAGGGUCCAAAGCCGGCGCAGAGAAGCUCGCUGCGGAUAUCGCCAGCGAGUUUGGCACAAAGACGACGCUCGUCCGCGGGCAGGUGGGCGACUACAGCGCCGCGCGGAGUAUCGUCGAACAAGCUCUGCAGGGCCUCGGCGUCAACCACAUUGACAUUCUCAUCAACAACGCUGGCGCUGGCGGUGCUGCCUCUCUUCUGGAAAUCACACCAGAGCUCGUCGAGGCCGAGUUCACGACCAAUACCUUUGGCCCGCAUUACCUGACGCAAGCCGUUGUCGGAAUCGGCAAGAUGCCCUCGGGCGGCCGCAUCAUCAACGUGGGCUCCAUCGUUUCCAAGAUGGGCCUCAGCGACACCGCCAUGUACGCCGCAGCCAAGGCUGCGCAGGACAGCCUCACGGCAUCUUGGGCGAGCGAGCUCGGUCACAGCCACGGCAUCACCGUCAACUCGCUCGCGCCGGGCCCCAUCCCGACAGACACCUCGCGCAAGUUCCUGAAGCAGGCCGACGGGUCGCCCACGCCGCUGCAGCUGGCCAUGCAGGCGCAGACGCGGGCUGCGGACCGCCUCGGCACGGUCGAGGACAUGGCCGACGCCGCGCUGCUGCUCGUGUCGGAGAAGAGCCGCUGGAUCACCGCGCAGUGGAUCUCGGUCAGCGGCGGCAUCAACAUGUAA